AUGUCCUCUAAGGAAAAGCAAGAUGUCGAAAACUUUAAGUCUACGGCCGACUUAACAAGCAAUCCAGGAUUCCAGUCUUCCCUCAGCAUCGACUCAAAAGAUGCCUGUCAUGAGAAGGCGUACAAUCCCUUUGAGCAUAGACAAGUGGAACAUCCAACGACAACUUUCGGCGCCAUAGCACAUAUUCUGAAAGCAUGUAUUGGUACCGGGGUGUUGGCUAUGCCUGCUGCUUUCAAGAACUCUGGUCUGAUCGCCGGCGUUAUAGGAACAUUAUUUGCUGGUUUAGUUUGUACACACACAGUUCAGUUAGUGGUAAGCAUAUCACAAAAGGUCUGCGUCGAAGCGAAAAAGCCUUCAAUGAGUUUCGCUGAAACUUGUGGCGCGGCGUUCGAGUUCGGCCCGAAGAGGGUUCGAACCUGGCACGGCUUCGUCAAGACGUUGAUUGAUUAUUCUAUAGCUGUGACGUAUCUAAGCGUGUUAUGCGUUUAUGUAGUCUUCAUGGGUUCAUCUUUUAAAGAGGUCAUAGACUUCUACUACCCAGAGUACAUCUUCUCCAUCCAGGCUUAUUGCAUCGCCACUUUGGUACCAUUAGCUUUGAUCUGCCAAAUUCGUAAUUUGAAGUACUUGGUACCCUUUUCCACUUUAGCCAAUAUCCUCUUAUUAGUUGUCUUUGGAAUCACGAUGUACUAUGUUUUUAUCGAUCUUCCUCCAAUAACUGAUAGAGAAAUGGUCGCUAGUAUCACGACGUGGCCCCUCUUCAUGAGUACCGUAAUAUUCGCGAUGGAGGGUAUAGGUGUCGUGAUGCCGGUGGAAAAUGAAAUGAAGAACCCACAACGAUUCCUCGGCUGUCCAGGAGUAUGGAACACCUCUAUGGUGAUUGUCAUCAGUCUGUUCGGAGUUGUUGGUUUCUUUGGCUACGUACAGUUCGGAGAUGCAGCUAAGGGCAGUGUUACGUUGAAUUUGCCUGAAGAUCACAUGGUCGCGCAAGCGACAAAGGUUCUGAUGGCGAUAGUGAUUUUCUUCUCUUUCGCGCUGCAAUUCUACGUGCCGAUGGAGUUCAUAGGAAGAUUAUUGAAGCAAAGAAAGUCAGACAGCUACAAUAACAUUAUCCAAAUCAGUAUUAGGACCGUCCUCGUCGCUAUUGUUGUUGCCAUCGCCGCUGCAUUCCCCAAUCUGGAAUUAGUGAUCAGCUUCGUCGGCGCCAUUUUCUUCUCUACCCUCGGUCUUUUCAUUCCUGCCAUGAUCGAUAUCGUAUAUAACUGGGAUCGUGGCUUUGGCUGUCUCAAAUAUCGCCUCUUUAAGGAUAUCCUUAUUUGCAUUGUCUCCGUUGUUGCACUUGUAUCUGGAGCUUAUGUUUCUGUCGUUGGAAUGAUAGAGGACUUCUCUAAGUCUGGUGAUAGCAGCCAUGUCGCUAAUGAGACGUUUGUUUAG